CAUACGCGUAGAAGAGGAGCGAGCCAAAUCCCGUGAGAUGUGGGACCCGACUGCCCCCUGGUAUGGUUUGGCGUAAGGCCCAACAAACUCAAAUCCACCGCCGCGUUUUCUACUCAAAGGCGACGACGGAGUCAAGAUGGCCGGCGAUUCAUCCUCGGCGGAGACGGAGCCGCCGGUUAACCGGACGGCAUCGUUGCUCACGGGAGAGAGAGCAGUGGUGGGGCUCGUUUUGGCUCGCGUCCUCUUCUCUCUCCCUCUCUCCCUCCUCUCCCAUGGCGUCUCCCUCCUCCUCCUCUCCCUCUCCGCCUUCCUCCUCGAGAUCCGAGCCGAGACGUUGCCGUUUCUUCUCUCUCGUUUCGCCUCCAGGCGAGGUGCAACAUCGGGGAUAUUGCUUGGUGCAGUAACACUUCCUGCUGUUAUGAUAUCUAAGUUGAUACAGCUUACAAGGGCUUUGUCGAUGCAUGAAGCUGAACAGGAAGAGUUUGAACAUGUCACCAUGCAAUAUUGGGCGACAUCGGCUAGCUGUUGUGCCAUUCUUAUAUUUCUGUCAGUAAUUAUGUCGAAAUCAUCCAGAAGCCAGCCUUCUUCAUCAUGUGUUUGGGUUACAAGGGUUAGCUUAAGUGCCACGGUUUUGUACGGAGCAUCAUGUUUCAUUUCACUUUCCAUGAUAUCACACACUGGUUUGAACACGGCGUUAAAGUUGUUGUGGAUGUUAUUCCAUGGCCUGGCAGCCGUGAAGUUAAUUCAACAUUUACUUCGCACCUUCCCAUCUUGUGCUUCAAUGGGUGAAGCGCUUCUGAUGACCAGUGGCCUUGUUCUCUAUUUUGGCGACCUUUUGGCAUGCACAAUUGCAAAGAUUUUCGAGAAAUUGGUACCUGUGGAUCUGGUUUCCAUAAGCUACGGGAUGAAGAGAACAGAAAUCGGCAUAAUUGUUCAGGGUUUGCUGCUGGGACUUCUACUUUUUCCGAUGUUCUUUAAAUUGAUUAUGCACACAUAUAAAAGUUCGUUGAGAAAGAAAGAUUCUCAACAAAGAAAUCCGAGUGAGAUUGAGAAAUCUGCUAUAUUCAUUGUCUCCCUUGGAUUUAUCAUGGCCGUGGUUGCUCCUUCAUGGAUGCAGUUUGUACAUGAUUUUCACCAGCAUCCCUUCUUAUGGGUGUUCACAUUUGUCUUCUCUGAACCGUUGAAGAGGCUAACACUGUGUAUCUACUGGGUUCUAUUGAUUAUCGCGUCUGUCUGGAGGUUCUAUAACAUCUCAAGGAAUAGCAAGAUUGAGAGAAUCUUGCUUCGGAAGUACUACCAUCUGAUGGCUGUAUUGAUGUUCUUGCCAGCUCUUGUAUUACAGCCUAAAUUUCUGGAUCUAGCCUUUGGUGUAGCGUUGGCGGUAUUCUUGGCGUUGGAGAUAAUCCGAGUGUGGAGGAUUUGGCCGCUGGGAAAACCUUUACACCAGUUCAUGAAUGCUUUCACGGACCAUCGUGACUCUGAUAUCCUGAUCGUAAGCCACUUUUCGCUGUUGAUGGGAUGUGCACUUCCGAUAUGGAUGUCGUCUGGGUUCAAUGAUCGACCGUUGUCCCCAUUUGCUGGAAUCCUGAGCCUGGGGAUUGGGGAUACAAUGGCAUCGGUGGUGGGUCACAAAUACGGGGUGCUGAGAUGGAGCAAGACAGGAAAGAAAACAGUGGAAGGGACAGCAGCAGGGAUAACAUCGGUGAUGGCAGUGUGUUUUGUUUUGGUUCCUGUUCUUGCUUCCACCGGUUUCUAUAUCCUCACCACCCAGGAGGAGAAAUGGGUGUCACUGCUGGUGGCGGUUACAGGUAGCGGUAUGCUGGAGGCUUACACUGCCCAGCUGGACAACGCCUUCAUCCCCCUCGUCUUCUACUCCCUCCUCUGCCUGUAGUUGUACACUCUCCCUGGAAAUAAACGUGUAGCCUUCCCCCAAAAAAAAAAACAGACACGGGUGUCGUUCCUUCAAAGUUAGUCAUGUAAAUAGAUAAAUGGAACACACACACACAACACAACCAAUCACUUAGAAUAAUGAUGUACCACCAGCACCAGAAAUUUCCUAGCCAACCAACUCACACCCUCUUUUCUAACUCCGAUAACAAAAGUAGAAUUCUGUCGAUCGCAACGGAAGGCGUCGCCUGAAAGAAAGUGAAAUCUGUCCCAACAAAAGACCUAAAAGAGCCUACUCUGAAAUUAAUUAGGCUAUGAAAUUGUUUUCCCCAAUAUAUUAUUACGAUAUAAUCGUCGUCGUCGUCGCCGUCAACUUGGCUUAUAUAACGUAUCCCUACAAAUACCAAAAUAACUCUGCCUCAAGUGCCUCUGCAUCUCCGACUCAGGCCGAAGGAGAGAGCUCUCAGGGGAAAGGCCAAAUUAAAAUUAC